AUGGACAUUACAACGGCUCCAAUCAAGUUACGCCUUGCUAAGGGGGGACUGGAUGGCAUCAAGGUGGGGACCGCUAUAUACGGAGACAAAAGGGAAAUUCUUGGGCAUCUGUGUUCUCGAGAAGCCAACGUUUACCUUGAAACUUUAAAGGAUGCAGAGAAAGAGCAAGGUAAUGUACUAGACAUGCUAGGAGUGCGAUAUCUGACUGCUACGGAGAAAGAUGGUUAUAAACGUACAUAUUACUCAUUUGGGACAGUUCAUGCAGUGGAGGGUAGCGAAUUUGAUGCAAAUGUUACUGACUUGAACAAGUUUUGUGACGUUUUCUCACACGGUUAUGCAGUUUCAAGUGAAGACUUUGAUAAUGAAGCUGAAUUUCGGGAAAUAGUUCGCAAGCUCUCUCCGGAAGUCCCAGUGCGAGUACCCGCCAGGCGCAAUCCCAGAAGCAGAGACAAACCAAGCGAAGAAUGUAAACCUCAGGCGGACCCCAAGGCUUAUGGGAGAUUGUUUUUUCAUGCCGAUGAAGUCAACAGAUCAGUGGAGGUUCCUUCCGAAUUCUGGACAAAAGGUUACCCGAAAAACAUGUGUGCGGAUAAGCCAAGAACAACUGUGGUAAUGGGAAUCGAUGGAUACCUUGAUGUCCCUGCUAUCACCCGUUUACCGGUCAUCUGUGCUUCUGGUUUGUGA